AUGAAAGCCGAUUUGCAUCUCAGUGAUUACAAGAAACAAUGGCUAUUCAAAGACGUCAACUUGCUCUUCGUCCCGUUGAGAUUGAUGGAAAUUCUUUCUACUUUGAAAACUAAUAUGACAGCCAUGGGAACCAACAUGGCAGCUGACAUGUCGAUUGUACAAGAACAAAUCGGCACUGUUGAAGAUACAUUGCUAAACAUGAAUAGCAGAAUUGGUGUUCUUGCCACCAGCAGCACUGAGAUAAUCACUGCUAUUGACAGUUUAAGCAGGGCCCCCCUCGUUUCCCCUACCAAUACAAUGGCUAAUGUUUCUCAGCCUGCCUUCAACGCCCCGUCUGAGUUUAGCAAGAAGGCCUCUAAUGAUGUUUAUACCCAUAUUCGUAAUCUCAUGUGCACUGCAAAAAAAUGCCCGAUUCCCAUACGUGAUAGGAUGUUCUCUAAUAAUCGGCCUUGGAUAGUUGGCAUUUGGUCUGGGCAUUUGAUCCAGACAUUUGACAUUGGGUCUUUGUUUUGCAUUCUCGGUUUUGGGUUCUUGAUUUUAGGUACUGCGAUUCUACUUUGA